CUAAAUGUCCUCCCACAUUGAUUGAUUCCUUUAGUUUAAUGUUCCAUUUUUAUAAUGGCUUAAACAUUGAUAGUAAAAAGGAACUUGAUUAUUCUUCUCCGGGUGGUUCUUUCCUUGAGAUGACACCCGAAGAAAAUGAGGCAUUGAUCAAUAAAGUGACUUCAAAUUCUCGUUAUUGGUAUGAUGAUCGUGCCCCAGUUUCUUCUUCUCAAGGAAGGAUUGAAGUUGAUGAAGCAACUGCGCUUAGAGCACAGAUUGAGGCAUUGAACGUUAAAAUUAAAAACCUAGAGAAGAAUCAAGUUCCACCAUUUAGGGGUAGUGUAAAUUCUGUUUCGUACAAUUCUUAUGCCCCUCAUUCACAAUCUUCUGAAUUGGUCCUUUCUUGCGAAAAUUGCAUGGGUUCUCACUUAACAUCUACUUGUCCUUAUGAUGAUUUUAAUUCUCAUGAUGUUAAUCUUAUGGAAUAUGCUCAGAUAGCAAACCAAGAACAUGCUUCUUGCAAUCUUGUAAAUGCUAUUGAUGCUUUAGAUGACUUUUGGUUUGGCACCUCUUCUGUUGAAGAUGGCCCACGUGAGGAAGGUAUUAUAAGCAUGGCCAAUUCAGCAGAAGAGAAAUAUGUUGAGUUGAUGGAGUUGUGUGAUAAGGCUUUACAGGAAGAAGAGAAUGCAGAGCAAGUUUUGGGUGUUCAGGCUGAAGAGGAUGAAGAAGAAGAGAAUGAACCUGAGCCUACUCCUGAACUAAAACCAUUACCCUCCCACUUGGAGUAUGCAUUCUUAGAUGAAGAAGAGAAGUGCCCAGUCAUUAUUGCAUCUGACCUAACCGAGGAGCAGAAGGGUAAGCUAAUUGAUUUGCUUAAGCUUUAUGGGCAUGUUAUCGCUCGAAAGCUUGAGGACCUUAAGGGAAUUAGUCCCACCUUCUGCACCCAUAAGAUUUUUAUUGAAGAAGGGAAGAGACCAAUGGCGCAACAACCACGAAGGUUAAAUCCCAAUCUUAGGAAGAUGGCCGAAGAAGAUUAUGAGGAGGAGGCUCUCAAUGUCACGCUGCCAGCUGCAUUCGAGAUGCACUUGCCAUCAGGAGAGCCCCGUAAGCAUUUUCGCACAUGGGGAAGGAAGAGAACUCUUCUAGGGCCACUCUCUCUUGAUCAGGUGACCCUAGAGGAGUGGAGCCACUGGGAGGAGAUUGAUGGCCUACUUGCAGACUCUCGUUGGCGCUACUUACUCACCUUUGCAGAACAGUCUAGUUUGGAGCUGACGAUCGAGUUUCUUUGCACCUACGAGUGUCUGCAUGGUGGCCGGCCUAUUAAGGAUGCAGCUGAUGUCAGACCCGAUUCCACCUUGAAGUUCUCACUUAGUGGUCGAGCCUUCACCCUUUCCAUAGCCGAGUUCGGGCGUCAUUUGGGGAUAUACACUGAGGAGGAGGCACGCUCCCUUGUCUUUGCUGCUCUUCCGUAUUCCUUACCUUCAGAGUUCAGCCUUGAGCAGUUCUGGCGACAGCACUCCCUGUCGACGACACCGUUCAACAAGAACACAGCACAUACUUGUCAGUGGAGGAGCAGCGCCUGGAGGAUACUCUGUUUUGUGCUUUCACAUGGUCUUUUUGGUCGUCCGACUAACUCAAAUCGGAUUGGCAUGAAGGACAUAUACUUCUUUUGGAGUGUGGCAGAAAGGGUUCAGGUGAACUUGGCUAUCUUCAUGGCUCAGUUCUUCCUACUUCAGGGGAAGAGCCAGAGGAAGACUCUUCAGGCAGGACCCUUUGUUACUCGCCUUGCACGUUCCCUUCUACCCCAGAUGCCAGGUAAUUUGCUUCCCAUUGACCAGAGCAUUCGCCCUCUGAGCACCACAACUCUCACGAAGAUGGGGAUCGCGAAGAGACGUCGAGUAGAGGAGACUGAUGAGCCAACCCUGGAUUUCUUUGAUGGGCUUGAUACCACCGUCCAUUCUCCCAUUCCAGACGCCACCACGGAGACUUUCAUGGCUGGGGGUUCUUCUUUUGUUCAGCCCGGGACGUACACAGCCUCGUCGAGUGGUGCUGAUCCAACCAUGCUCCAGAAGAUCCUAGAGGAGAUGAUGAAGAUGAACACGAGGAUGGGUGCUAUCGAGACCAGCAUACAAGAUGUGAAGGACAUCAUGGAGACUGACCAUAGUGCCCAUGUGAAGCAAAUGAAGAGGAUGAAUGAACGCCUAGAGUCUCACACUCAGAAGCUCCAUGAGCUUGAAAUGAUGCUCGGUAAGAAGUCUGCGCCUCCAGCUCCUUCAUCUAGAGCCAGCCACCAGUAGCGAAGAUAUUUUAAUUUCUGUUGAUUUGAAACAAUUUUAUUUUGACUUGGCCUGUUUAAUUUGCUACUCUAAUUUAUGCAAACAUUUAUGGUUAAAG